AUGGAUAAAACAAUUCAAAAAUUAAAUUCUGAACAUAAAAACGAGAUGAAAGGAAUAAAGCAAGAUUUAAAUCUAAAGGAUGAGAAAAUUAAUUCUUUGGAAUUAGAAAUUAAAAAGGCAAAUGAUUUAACCGACAAAAAGAUUGAUGAUUUAUUUAAUUUCAAUAAUUUAAAUUCUGUGGUUAGUUUAGUAAAUAAUAUGGUAUUUGUUAAAAUUAAAAAUAAAUGGAAAGAAAUUGGUAGUGUCUGGAAAUGUUGUGAAAAUGAUUGUAUAAAUACAAAUAAACCUAUUGGUAAUUGUACUAAAGGAAAUGGAUUUGCUAAUAUAAUUAAUGAUGAAAAUAUUAAAUACUUUGUGGGGAAUGGAGGUUAUGAUAGAGAUGUUGUUGUUUAUGCAGAAAAUCCAUUCAAAAAACCACAAAAUUGUUUUAAUUAUUCUUUAUAUUAUUUUGAAGUUAAAUGUAAAUUUGAAAAAGAAUUAAAUGGUAGCAGUUUAUAUAUGACUAUUGGUCUUAGAAAUUGUAGUACAAGCAAUUAUAUUCGGUAUUCUGCAAGAGAUGGUGAAAUAUAUAACAGAGAAUCAUUACAACUUCCAACAUUUUCUUGGAAUAAUAAUGACAUUUUUGGUUGCGGAUUAGUUUAUCCUCCAAUUAAUAUGUUGAAUGAAUUUUCUUAUGUUUUCUUUACUCAGAACGGAAAACAAAUUGGUAAAGGUGUAUUAUUAAAGGACAAUUUCGAUUCAUACAAACCAUUUGUUUAUCUAAAAUGUUGUUCGGUUGAAGCUAAUUUUGGAAAUGAUUUGGAAGCUAAACCAUUUAAAUAUGACAUCUCAGAACAUUUAAUACUUAAGGAAUUUUUUUGA